UUGGUAGUAGACAAUUGACAGAAACCCAUAGUUAAAGAAAAUUUUUCAAAUCUAUCAAAUCGAUUGAUUUAAAGAAACUCAACAAAAUGGAAAACUUUGACUCUUUAUCAAAUACCCAAUUUGUCGAUGCUGCUGCUGCCCUUGGCGCUGCUGAAAAUCCAACAUAUACCCCAUUGGAUAUUAAUAACCCUCUGGACAAUAUGCCGCCAAUGGAUUAUGAUGAUGUCAAGGAACACAGUAUGGGCCGCGUCUAUGCCGUUUCUGGGCCUGUGGUGACGGCAGAAAAUAUGACUGGUGCCGCCAUGUACGAACUGGUGCGUGUGGGCUAUUUUCAAUUGGUAGGUGAAAUUAUACGUCUGGAAGGUGAUAAGGCCACCAUACAAGUUUACGAAGAUACUUCAGGGCUAACGGUAGGCGAUCCUGUUGCUCGUACCGGCAAACCAUUAUCUGUCGAAUUGGCCCCUGGCAUUAUGGGUAAUAUUUUCGAUGGCAUUCAACGCCCGCUAAGGACGAUUCAUGAGCUGACCAAAUCCAUUUAUAUACCCAAGGGUAUAAAUAUCAAAAGCCUGUCACGCGAUACAAGCUGGGAUUUUCGACCUUGCAACAUGCGUGAGGGCAGUUUGGUCACUGGUGGCGAUAUAUGCGGUUAUGUGGUGGAAAAUUCGUUGGUUUCCCACUGCAUCAUGCUACAUCCCCGCGCCAAGGGUCGAGUUACAUUCAUAGCUCCUGCCGCAAAUUACACCAUUGUGGAUGAGAUUUUAGAGACCGAGUUUGAAGAUCAGAAAACACGGCACAAAAUGUUGCAGGUAUGGCCAGUUCGACAACCGCGUCCCGUGGCAGAGAAAUGGCCCUCAAAUUAUCCUCUUUUCACUGGGCAAAGGGUCAUUGAUGCUUUGUUUCCCUCAGUGUUGGGGGGGACCACAGCAAUACCGGGAGCCUUUGGUUGUGGCAAGACGGUGAUUUCUCAGUCCCUAUCUAAAUAUUCCAACUCAGAUGUGAUUGUCUAUGUAGGCUGCGGAGAGCGCGGCAAUGAAAUGUCCGAGGUGCUUAGGGAUUUCCCCGAACUAUCUGUGGAAAUUAAGGGUGUCACCGAGUCCAUAAUGCAAAGAACCACUUUGGUAGCCAAUACCUCAAAUAUGCCGGUAGCAGCCCGCGAGGCUUCCAUCUAUACGGGCAUUACAUUGGCAGAAUAUUUUCGAGACAUGGGCUAUAAUGCCUCUAUGAUGGCAGACUCCACAUCUCGUUGGGCAGAGGCUUUACGAGAAAUUUCUGGUCGUUUGGCGGAAAUGCCAGCUGAUUCAGGUUAUCCUGCCUACCUGGGGGCUCGUUUAGCUUCGUUCUAUGAACGGGCCGGCCGUGUUAAGUGCUUGGGUUCUCCCAAUCGUGAAGGCACCGUUUCCAUUGUGGGUGCUGUCUCACCUCCCGGCGGUGACUUUUCUGAUCCCGUGACCUCAGCAACUCUAGGCAUUGUUCAGGUUUUCUGGGGUCUUGACAAAAAACUGGCCCAACGAAAACAUUUUCCCUCCAUAAAUUGGCUGAUAUCCUACUCGAAAUAUUUACGAGCCUUGGAUGGCUAUUACGAUAAGAAUUUUCCCGGCUUUGUAUCGUUGCGUGUAAAGGCAAAGCAGAUACUGCAAGAAGAAGAGGAUCUCUCAGAAAUCGUUCAACUGGUGGGCAGGGCCUCAUUAGCCGAAAGUGAUAAAGUCACCUUGGAAGUGGCAAAAAUGUUGAAGGAUGACUUUCUACAGCAAAAUUCCUAUUCCAGCUAUGAUCGUUUUUGUCCAUUCUACAAAACUUUUGGAAUGCUUAAGAACAUCAUAACAUUUUAUGAGCUAGCCAAGCAGACGGUGGAGAUGAGCACAUCGAGGUUGGAAAAUAAAAUCAACUGGAAUCAAAUUCAAAGCGAAAUGGGUGAUAUUCUCUAUCUGUUGCAGUCAAUGAAAUUUAUGGAUCCCCUAAAGGACGGCGAGGAAAAGAUUUUAUUGGAAUUUGGACAGUUAAAUGAUGCCAUUGAAUUGGCCUUUGGCAAACUGACUGGAGGAGAAGAACUUUAAUUUUCAUAUUUUCACAGCAAAUUUUAGUUUCAAAAUUUUAUUUUACUUUUAAAAACUAAGAAAUUCAACAAUAAAAAAUUCAAAUGAAACUCAAAAAACGUGAAACUAUUAAAACAUGAAUUUUUGGAAAAAUCUAAAAAAUGAUUUUCGUAGACAAAAAAAUUUUCUUGAUUUCUCAUAAAAAGUGAAACACAUAAUUCCAAGGCGAAUUUAAUAUGGUGGCCGCAUCGGCGAAUUGCUACAACAAAGCAUCUUUCAAGGCGUAUUUAAUAAGAUGGCCGCAUCAACACAGCUGAUGGAAUUUGAUAUGUAAAA